GUGUCGCCGAAAUUCUAUUUUGACUUUGAUAAGAAUAUAAUUUUUAAUUAUUUAUCAAGAUUAUACACGAGUUAUAAGGUUGUGCACUGUAACCUAAAAGUUUAAGUGUUAGUGACAGGCUGUGGGUUUUCCUGUGGCACUGUGGUUGUUUUUUACUAGGGAAAUUAUUUGUAAAACGCCCUUAUUGAUUUUUGCUGUUGGGUGCAGCGAGACGUGCUUGGCAUGUUCGAGUUUUGCUAUUUUCUAUUUAACACAGACAGACUCUUUUUCUAAUCACCAAAUUGUGUUCAUCGUAAUUCAACAGCAAUCAAGGCUUUAGUUUCGCGAGUGACACUGCGUUUUGUGCUUGAUUUCCUAGUGUUUAUGUUCUGAUGCACCCAUCGCUAGUGGUUGCAGAAAUCGGUGGUGAUUCACAUCAUGUCGAGACGAAAUUCGAGCGAAUUCUCAUCCAAAAUACACUUCUUUUUAGUUAAUUUAUUCGUUUUAAGUAAAUCGCAAUCAUCGGCUAUGUUUACGAUAAGGAAUUGAUAAUUUUCAUUGACUGCAUAUAUUACAUUCCUUGUUAAAUUGUCCUCGGCCUCUGAAAAUGGUUUCGAGGUACAUGACUAACGGCACUGUCAACGUGAAGCAGGAGGGCAUUUGCCUGCUGCCACAACCAUUCAGGAUGAUGCCUCCACCUCAAAGACCUGACGGAGGUUAUCCGGUAUCAACACCUCCAGGGCCUUAUGUGCAACCGCCGACGAAUCAAGGCGGGAACCAGGGUCCGACUUUGAGAGGGCCCUCCGGCCCACCAAAUCAAUCGUCAACACCACCUAAUGCGGCCGAUAUUAAAGUAUCUACAUUACCUCAACAACCUUCGUUAAAUCAUAUGUUUAUUUCUCCAGCUGUUCGACCGACAGCAAAUUUUUAUACAAGAGGAACUGGUCCGCCUAGUCAACAGCCCAGAAUGACGAGUCAUAACAGUAGGCCUCCGCAGCCGCCGCUGUUUUCACCAUCGCAAGCUCAAUUUAUGCAUAUGGCACCUGCAGCACCGCAAGUGUAUCUCACGUCGACGAAUUCUGUCGGGUAUACGUAUGGGGGGCAAAGACCCGCACCUACAGGGUUCGUUCCACAAUCUUUUCCUGUGUUAUCGUAUGGAUACGGAACGACACCGACGCAAGCUCCGCAUCUUUCGUAUAACUAUUACCAACCUCAAAUGAUGCCUAGAGGUGGCUCCAUUCCUCAACCAACGGCAGCAAACCCUAAUACGACACAAAACACAAUGCCAAAUGUACCUCUAGUAAGUAAUAAUCACCAGCAGCAACCCUUCCAAAGGCAACCUCAGAAUAAACGAAGAUCGAAUGCCUUACCCAUCAUCGAUCCAAAUACAGGUGCUGAUCGUCUACUGGAAAUGUUUGAAGACAAUAACUCGCAUCCUCCUUCUGGAGAAUCUUCGGCUCGACAAACACCCCAGCCAUCCACUGGCCCCCUUAGUAGUCACACUAAGGAAGUGCAAGCAACAUUUGCCAAGCAAGUGCUGCAAGCUAUUAAUGAUCCAACACCGGAUCAUCAAACUCAACACCACCAUCACCCACCUCCUCAUCAACAAGAGGAUCAUCACGUGGAACUCCAACUUGAUGGACAGCCGACAAAUCACAUUCUUCACAUAGAAUAUGAUUGUGCAGUUCCACCAAGACACGACGGUCAACAGAUACAACAGCCUCACCAGUUAAAGAUGGAGCAUGUUGUCCAAUCAAGUAAAUUACAGGCUGGAGCGAAAGAAUUCGUAUUGCCUUCAGCAGUCACCAAAGAAACGCCGAUAGUAUCUGCGAAUAUUGAUGCUGUCGAAGUGACGUUAUUACCGAAUAAGUUACCUAAAGACAGGGAAAGUCCCGUUAAAGGCCGGAAACAGAGGGAGCAGUCAUCUAGAGGAAGCGAGACAAUUAAGGAGGCUCCAGUGGUUAUGGAAAAGGCUCCUCCAGUUACGAUUGGCACAAUCAAAGAGGUUGUUAGUGAUAAAGAAUCUUCCAAUACGAAAGACGAGGUACAGGAAAUUUCUUCGUCUUCUAUUAUCCAAUCAACGAAUCCUACUCAGGUAUUGCCUGUCUUGAAAGACAGUGCUAUCGUAGCUAAGGAUGUUAGUGCUAAUAUUGAAAAACAACAUCAGCAACAUAGGCCUCCUCCUAUUCAACAGCAACAGCAACUCCAACAACACCCCAGAACCCCAACCCAAAUCCAAAUCAUUGAGCCCCAACCCAAAAUUGGUUUAGAACGACAAGAUAGUGGAUCAUCUGUGGGUGGAGCACAAAAGGCAACUAUCGCUGCAGCUGCUGUUCCUGAUAAUCCGAAAUCAAAACAAAAUGCUCAACGGUCAACAUCAAAACAGGGCUCUGGCGCACCGAACAAUCAAAAACCGGCAAGCCAACAACCCUCGAUGCCAGUACCUCAACCACAACCAGCGAAGGCUGCCAGUAGAUCAAAUAAAAAGAAUGAGUUGAACAUGAAAGGAGCUAAUAAAGAAGGAACUGAUAUGGAUGCUUUUAAUGAUAACGCCCUUAGAGAGGAGGUGAAUUCCAACGUGAUUCCUAACCAGACAGUUAAUAACAAUAAUGAUAUAAUCAAUGCAAACUCAAUACCUCCGACUACCAAUAGCAAUGCCACUCCUAUUCAACCCCCUGUAGUUAGAGAUGUAAAUGUUAAUAUCCAAACGAAUAAAAAGUUCGAUAAUGAGACGACAAUCAAACCUCAAGAACCUGUUACCAAACCUUUCAAGAAUAAGGUGGAUAUUACUGAUAUAGUUAAGGAAAAACCUAAAAAUAUUAAACCUUUUAAUAAUACGAUAGAAGGCCAAGAUGAACCAGAUAGAGCUGCUUUAGCGCAGUCCAAUGAAAAAAUGGUACAAGCGAAGAAUGAUGUUAAUGUUAAAACUAGUGAGAUUAGUAAGGUAGAAAGCAAGUUACCAUAUGCUGAAGGUCAAUGGUCUCCUGCCAACCAAAGCGGUUUAAAGAUAUAUGACAAAAACUUCCUAUUAUCAUUAAAAGACUCUCCUGCCAGUAAGAUAGCACCCGAAAAUAUUCUCGAUGCACUAUUACCUGACGAAAAAGGGCGUUUGAGUGAUGGGCGGUUAUCAAUGGGCGGCAAAACCGAUUUCAAUCCUCCAUUCAAUACUUUUGGUAGAAAUAGUUCUCAAAAGGGGUCGCUAUCUAGUAGGUUAAGUGGAAGUAAAAUGGACAGGAGUAAGAGCAAUAAAGGUAGCACCGUCAAACCCCCAAUUAAAGUUUCUAUAUCUGUCAGAGAAGAAGUUAGAUUGCACGAAGUGGAAAAUGCAUGGCGACCAGCCCGUCUUGUCAAAGGCGAAUUUCAGACUGACGAUGAUAAGAAAACUGAAGAAUUGUACAAAAAAGUCAGAGGAAUUCUCAAUAAACUUACGCCUCAAAAAUUCGACACGUUAUUGAAUCAAAUUAGAAGUCUUUCUAUAGACACCACUGGAAGGUUACAGGGUGUUAUAGAUUUAGUUUUCGAGAAGGCUAUCGAUGAGCCUAAUUUUUCUGUAGCUUACGCCAGUAUGUGCCAGCAAUUAGCUCUCUUGCAAACCCCUUCAAACCAUGGUGAAGAUAAACAAGAUUAUGUAACGUUCCGAAAAUUAUUAAUUAAUAAGUGCCAGCAGGAAUUCGAAAAGCAAAAAUCCGAUGAAACUCUUAGGAAUAGUAAAAUAAAAGAAAUCGAAGCUUGUACAGAUCCGGAGAAAAGGAAAGAUCUAGAAUUUGAUCUUGAAGAAUAUGAUAGAAGACUUAGGAUGAAAUCAGUUGGCAAUGUUAGGUUUAUAGGUGAACUUUUUAAACAAAGUAUGCUUACAGUUGGCAUAAUGACGAGGUGCAUAAAUGAUCUAUUAAUUAGGAGAGAUGAAGAACGCUUGGAGUGCCUAUGCAAGUUGCUUACAACUAUUGGAAAAGAGUUGGAAACUAAACUGGUUCCUCUUGACCCCAUCUUUGAUCAAAUGAAGAGUAUAGCCAAUAAGAAAGAUAUAAAUAGUAAAAUUAGUAGUCGAAUAAGAUUUAUGUUACAGGAUGUGAUAGAUCUGCGUUCUGCAAAAUGGGUGCCUAGAAGGCAAGACGUCAAUCCAAAAAUGAUAGAUCAAAUCCAAAAAGAAGCUGAACAAGAACAGCUUAACAUACAAAUGAUGAACUCUGGUCCAAUCACACCACGUAAAGACGAUAGAGGUAGUGGUUCUGGAGGACCUGGAGGAGGAUCGAUGGGUGAUAGAAAGGGCGGAAGAUCGAGAAAUGUUACUGAUGAUGGAUGGACGACAAAUACGAGCAAUAACAGGAGCAAGGCUUCGUUCAUGGUACAAAGUGAUAAAUUAAAAGGUGCAAGGGCGCCUCUUGAGCCAUCUCUUGGCGCUCCAAAUAUGUUCAAACAGUGGAACACUGGCGCUGGUUCUAACAUAAAGCCAAUUGUACCACAAGUUCCUACCACUGCCAAUAUUUAUAGUACUUUAGAAAAUUUGGAAUCUGAAAAACGUAAUACAAUAAAUACUCGCUAUGGUCAAAAAGACUCUUAUCAUUCGAAAGGUGCGAGUAUGGAACGAGGUAGUUAUAAAUAUGAUAGUAGAAGUGGAUCACGGUCUGGCUCGCAACACCGAUCGAAGGAUGAUGGAAGAAAUUCGUCGUCCUCGUCACAACGUAACAUACCAGCAGCUGCACCUACUAUGUUACCACCUCAAUCGUCAGUUACUCCAGCGCCGUCCGUUUCGGCUGUUGCGGCGGUUCCUGAAGUACAACUCACCGAAGACCAACGGUAUAGGCGAAUACUCAAUUGUGCGGACGAAUACGUUAGUGGAAAUAGCAAUGUUGAUGAAUAUUUCGCUGAUAUUAGUUCGUGUGUACCUUUAUCGUACAUCCCUAGUAUGAUUAAUGACACAUAUUUACAUGUAUUAGAAAAAUCUCAACAAGUGAGAUUAAAAACGGGUGCAUUAUUUGCUAAGUUAGUAGGAAUUGGUAAAAUAUCAGUAGACGAUUAUUGUCAAGGAUUGGAGGAAUUGCUAUCACAAGCUGACGAUCUGAGAAUUGAUAUUCCAAAACUUUGGGACUAUUUAGCAGAAGUUUUAGUUGAUUUAAUUACCGAACAAGUAGUCCCACUUAAAAGGCUGCACAAAUCGUUCAGCAUACUCAUUGAGCUGAAUCAAGCUGAUAAGUUGCUGGCUCCACUAUUUAAACUAGUUAUUAGUAAUAAGGGAUCGCAUUUCUUGCAUAGUCAAUGGCAGUCGUCAGGUUUGCAAUUAGCCGAUUUUAUGGAUACUGCACAGAUAGGCUCAUUCAUUAGCGACAAUCAAUUGGAAUUCUUGUUGGGAGGAGCGGCACCAGCAGUAGAUCAGAGUCGAUUAUCUUACGAUGAUAUUCAGGAAAAGAUACUGAAUUUCCUUCGGGCAGAUAAAACUAUUGAUGAUAUCCACGAUUGGGUAAUGACAAAUGUAGGAGAGAAGGGUGUUAAAGAAAAUAAAUUUAUCAGGGCUUUGGCGAUGGCCUGUUUUGAAGACUCAAUAAACAAGAACAACAAACCCAAUUCCGACAGAUUGGAGCAACACCUUCCGUUGUUGCACAAAUAUGUCGACAAUAAACCCGGGUUUGAACUUGAAUGCUUGUAUGCCCUUCAAGCUCUGAACAAUAAAAUGGAAUACCCUGGAGGUCUCUUACUACAAAUAUGUGAUAAAAUUUAUGAAUUAGGUUGUUGCUCUCAAGAAAGUUUUGUCGCUUGGGAACAAAGUGACGAUCCAGCAGAACAAGAGGGUAAAGGUGUCGCUAUGAAGCAGCUAACGUCAUUCUUCUGUUCAUUGAAAGAAAAUGAUGAUGAUGACGAUUCGUUGGGUUCGGAUCUGGAAGCAGAUUAGCGGUUAAUAAGUGUGCCGGUGAUUUUGGCGCCUAUAUAGACGGACUACAUUAAAUUAAAAAAAUUAUAAAUAUAUAAUUAAGAGCAACUCAACGAGUGAUGAGAUUGACUUAUCGGCAAACGUAAACUCUUAGUUAAAAUUUAUACAAUUGUUUAUAUUAUAUAUAUAUUAUACAUAUUUAAUUAUAUACUAUAUAUGAAAACUGUUGUGGAAUUCUACGUGAGUGCGGGAAAAAGAGAAUAUCAAGUGCCCUCUGAAAAUAAAAAUAGAAUAUACAAUGCGAAAAAGACAAAAAAAAUUUUUAAAUUUAAGUAUAGACUCUGUGAACGCUCAUCAGAUAUUUUCAAGAGGAAACGAGAAAUGUCAGUGUAGUUGAAAUUGGGCUCAGUGUAGUGCGGCUUCUAUUUUUAUUUUGCAGGAUGUUUUGAAUUUGUUGGAACUGUCGAUUGCGCUGGUCUUCUCCAAAAUACUGCUCCCGAUGCUUGCGGAUUGUAUCAAAGCGAACAUCCUGUAUACUUUAUUGUAAUUUAUGUUAAAAUAUAUAUUGUGAAAGUGUCAGUUGACGCUAAAUUUGUCUGAAAACAACAACUGGGUCAAAUCAAAAAUGUUCGUUCUCGCUGGUAGAGUAUUGUUUUUUGAUGUUUUAAUAGCCAAUAGCUAUGCAGGUAUCUAAAACAAUAGUUUGUGAUUUGGCGACAGUUUAUAUGUUUCAGAUUUUUUUGCUUUCUAACGGCACUUCUCUAUAUACAAGAUGUGCCAAAAAAUUACUUUUUAUAGUUGAUUACUUCCAAACUUUUAAUACAUUAUAUAUCAGGAUCGAAACGAAUGAUACUUUUUGGCACAUACUGUAAGAGUAUAAGUAUACAAUAAAACUUGAGCAUAUACCUAAUAGUUACGUUAUAACAUAAGGAUGGCAUAAAAUACUACUACAAAGUUGACGUUACCAUCAAAUGUUAGAGGUAUGGCAGAGGCAUAAUUUUACUUUGUUUGAUCAUUUUUAUGUGUACGAGUUUUGCAUUUAUAUCUAUAGAGUUCUAUUUGAAAUGUAAACAUUUUUAAGUAGUUCUCUAGUAUACGACGUGUUGUUAAUGAUUGAUUUCUUUGCGUUUUCUUUUAUCUCGGUUUUUAAAAAGGUCGACAGUUUCCAUCCGAAGUUUCUUUGUAUUACUUCUCACUUACUGCUUUAAUUUAUACAUAUAUGUAUUUUAUAUUUGAAUACUUUUUAUUGUUUAUAGUAAUAUUGUUUUAGAGGUAAAGAGUUCUUUGGUCGUCGCCAAUUACUGGGCCCUAAGAUCUUGUAAGUUUUAACAGUGGUAUUCUUGGCAUUGAAAAUGUCCAAUGCCAUUAUUUUUGUUAUCGAUCGAUUUGUUAUCCUCUCGUAGGGUGGUAGUAUGCCUUUAUUGACUCUCCACUAUUAUCAUCCCAAGAUUGACACAGCUAUAUACAAGUGUGUCGUGAUCAAUGCAACAGAGCUUAUCAAACGAUAUUUAACUGUACCUUUGCUUGAAACACUUGGAUCAGUAACCACCACAAAUCAAAAUUAAGUAGGUAAUAAUAUAAAGUUGUAUAUUUUCAAAUAUUUUUUUUUAUUUAUAAAUCUACUAAAUAUUCCAUAUACUCUUUUUAAAACUUACACCUUUUUUUAUUAAUAUAUUUUUAUUAUACUGACCCAUAUAUUCCUUCAAAUGGGAAUGACUUUUAUCAAUGUCAUCUUUUACUGUAAUGUGUCUCAUCUAAUUCAUUCUUAUGUGCAUCCCUAUAUCAUGUUUUUAAUGGAUAGUUAACUAUUUAGAUGGGAAAUAAGCCACAAUUAAAUUGAAAAAAAAAUUUUAUUAACGUUUCGACGCCCAAAUCGGGUGUCGUUGUUAAAAUACAAAAUACUACUAUUAGUAGUAUUUGUAUACUAAAAUAGUAUACUAAAUACUAUUAGUAGUAUUUUGUUUUUUUGACAACGACACCCCAUUUGGGCGUCGAAACGUUAAUAAAAUUAUUUUUUUUUUUCAAUUUAAUUGUGGCUUAUUUCCCAUCUAAAUAGUUAAUUAUAAAAAUGCCACAAGGAAAUAGCUUCAGAACAACAUUUUUAAUGGAUGUUAUAAAUCAAAGCCGUAAGAUUACAUACAUAUUGUACAUAUUUACAGUGCCCAAUUUUUUUUACUUUUUAUAUGAUAUAUAUCUCUUCAUUCACGACUAAGUGAUACCAUAUGGAAAACCGUUCAAUAUGGGGUGCCGAUAAAGCUAGUCGUGAGGUUUUUUUAAAUUUCUUCAUAUUUGACCUUUUUUAUUGUUAAUAUGUUAAUUAUCUUGCAAUUAUAUUACAAAUUGUCAUUGGCAAAGGACUUUGUUAAUCUGCAUGAUUCCAUUCUGAUCUAGUACUUCAGCUCCGGAUUUCUGGUACUGUUGGUAUCAAAUAAAACUGCAACCAGAUUUUUCUUGAUCACAUAAGAACGGAUAGUUAUGUAUUUAUUAUUCCAAAUACAGAAUAUAAUCCUAGUUUUCUCGUAAUGCUUAUUUUCUAUUUUUUACACUCAUGUGGAAUUUUGGAUCUAUUUUGCUUAAAGGUAUCAACAGUUAAAUUUUUCGCUUUCAGUAUAUUACAACUAUUCUCGCGACCUAACCAAAUGGCGCAAGUAGUAUUCCUCUUUAUACCUUGAAUAGGUGUUUAGUAGAAAGAUCAAACAUGCUAUAAAGCGUGAAAAUAUAUAUAAACUUUAUUGUGGAGUUUUUUGAGACUGAUUCGCUUUUAAAACAAAAUUUAUUUUGUAUUAUUGAUUUUGUAUUAAUGUUGUAUUAUUUGAAAUCACAGUGUCAUCCAUUACUUAAUCGCACAUCUACAGCUUAAAUUGAAUGUCUUAUCCGUCGAUAUUCCAUUCUAAUUCAGUGUUAAUUUAGUAAUCACAUGAAAUAUUGUAUUGUCAUUUUUGGAAAGAUGAAAUAAAGGAUACUUAAUUAAUUUAAAGAACAUUUUAAGAACGGAUAUAGACUACAUAAGUAAAUUUUAAAUUUAUAAUAAAAUACAAGCAGUUUCUUUUAUUUCAAGAUAUACAACUUUAUACUGUUUUGCUAAUUUGGUUGAUUAUAAUUUGAUACUAUUUCAGUCGAAGGAGUAUUCAAUAUCGAGCUUUGUUUUCACAGUAGACUGUUGCAUUUAGAGGCGCGCAUUUUAUAUAUUAUAUGUGUAUAUUGUACUAAAAAGUUUAUCUGUUUGGCAUAUCUCAGUCAAUUUCUCGAAAAUUGACCAGAAGGUAUAUUCUUAAUGACUUCAUCUCGUUCAAACUGACAGAGUAUAUGCCGUACUGAUUAACAUAAAUAAGUACAGUAUGUACAGCGUUUUAACUAAGAAUUCUUUUUUAAAUUGCAACGGACAAAUCUUAAAAUACACAUUUGCAAAGGAAGUGAAAUAUAGCAAUAAUAUAUUACUCCAUUUUUAUAACGUUUUAAAGUUACAAGUUACAUAUUAUUAUUCGUAGUAGUGGUCAUGUUUAACCUUUUGUUGCCAACAUUUACAGUCUGAUUAAUCAUUUAGUUAUGCGAAGAAAAAAAUACCUCCAAUAUUAAACAUUUUUCCAUUUUCAAAACAGGGCAUUCGAUAAAAGAGCAGUACUUCAAGCAAUGUGAUAUGUGUGCAGCUUUCCUCAAAAGAAUAUUGUUCCUAUAAUAUUCUCCUUAUCUAGAACAUCUCUAGUUUUAAUAUUUUUAAAACAUUAUCACAUUCCCUCCUAUUUUUCAAUCGUAAUAUCGUAAAUAGAAAAGCAAAAAUGCGUGUCUCUUAUCAAGCUGGAAAAUACUGCCUGUUGAAGGGAUAUCUGUCAAGCCAAGAAAUAAUGUGCACACAUUUUCUCAACUAAUCUCAAACGGUUAUGUCUAAUAUUGCUAAUGCUUUACUAGAAUUGUUACAAAUAAUCGAUCAACAAUACCAUUGUUCAAAAUUUUCGACAUUUGAAACUUUUUUGUCUAUCAAAAUAAUUCCUUUUUUCCAAUUUAUAAAAUUAUCUUUCCAUUUUGUCUAUUUUUGUACAUGUGUAUCCUAUUGUAAAGGAUGUUUGGUAGCCAUAAUCUUUCAAAUAGUUUUCUUUAAUUGUAUGAUAAAUUCUUUUAAAUACCAAUAAAAGGAAAUCCCAUUUUAGAUCUUUGUCUCGGUCGCCAUCAAUGGUUAUACAUUACGUUUUACCACGUUUUCUUUUGUUUAGAUACUUCUUCUCCACUCAUCAAAGCUAAGAGUAAAAUUAUUGAAUAAUAACAAUAAAGACCUAUGACACAUUAAAUUUGCAUGUCAACAAAAUAUUAAAAAGGAAUGGUAAUAAAUCUGCCUAACAUACCUAAUAUAAACGCAGCAAACAUUGGAAUUUGCAGAUACAUAUACAGUGAAAAUAAUGAUGAUGAUCAUAAAAUAAACAAAAUUACAUCAGAUACAUAAUGAAACUCGUACGGUAUAGGACGUUUCAUCGCCGGCCGUUUCAUCGCCAGUUAAUUAAUCGCUGACUGAUUUAUUUCCAAAUUUCCGACCAAUUUUCUACAGUUACAUUUAUGAUUUAUUUUUAAUAUUAAUUAGGAAUUCUAGGAAAUGACCUAACCUAACCUGACACUACGUAAAUUUGAACAUAUAUAUUUCUACAAGGCCAUUUAACACUACAAAUUUAAUACUAUUUAGUAUCAAAUUUAGGGGAAGUAGAAAUGGAACAGUAAAUUAAUAUAAUAAUAUUUUUUUAUCUUUUUAAUUGUCAUAAGUUUUGAACUGAAUUUAACGUCGUGUCGUGUCAUCUCCCAUAAUACAAAAUCAACUGACUAACUGGAGAUAAAACGGACGGCGAUGAAACGUUCCAUUCCGCUUUUUGUAUAAGAGAAGGAACGUGCGAUGCUUUCUAUGUGUCGUAGGAGAAGACGUAUGUAAUUAAUUUUUAUUAUUAAAAACUAAAGAAUCUCCAAGUGGAAUCAGCACGAAACAAUGAAAAUCUAUUCAUAAAAACUAUUCAAGUUAUCCUGUUUCUAAGACACGUUUCCUGUCACUGUCCUGUCACAUUUGUUAAGAAGGCAAACUUAAUUUCAUUGUCAUUUAGCAGAGACUGAAUGAAUUAUUUUUUCGUCUAUGUAAAUCGCUUCGUGAAAGAAAUCAUGGGACAACGAAUCCCUAUAACUAAUACCAAUUUAAAUGUAAUCUCGCUCACAAUUAACUAAAACAUGACAUGAACCUUCGGUACAAUCCGUCAACAAAAGGUUAAAAAUGUUUUGGUCAACAGUUAUUUAUGCAAUUUGUGUAGUAAAAGACUUCUUGAUUUUGUUUGGUGUAUUCAGUUAACUUCCUUUUAAAGGCAAAUUCUAAACAAUGUCUGUGAUAGUAGAAUAACGAUUAUUCUUAAAAGUCACAAAGCAUGCGUUAUUUGAUGAGAUUGCAACAAUCUCAAAUUGAAAGCAGAUAGGGUAGUUUGUAAUUAUACAAAAAGUGUUGUGUAUUUUGAUAAUUAUUGCUUUCAUUGUGCCAAAUUGUAAAAAUUAACGAAAUUUUUAUUGGUAUCGAAAGAAGGUUGAUAACAAGCCGCAGUAAUUUGUGGAUUUGUUUUGAAUAAUUUUAUCAUAUUUGAGUUUUAAUUUGGUCAGGGUUAUAGUGGAUUUGAAACGUGCAAUUAAUACUUAUUUUGUAUGUAAUUUAAAUAAAAUAAGAAGUCUGUACAUAUUUUAUUAGCCAUUCAAUUAUUAUUUCUUCGUAGUAGUUUCUUCUAGAUGACAUUUGGAAUUGGUUCAAUAGUGACUCUUUCAUUUUCUGAUGCUAUAUAGAUAUAAAAGUGGAACCAACCCUGAAAACAGGGUACGUCUCCAUACUUGUUCCAUUUCGUGAAUUUUUAGUCACACUAUUCGAUUAUUGACUUGUUUAAUUAAAAGCGAAUCUAUUUUUUUUUUACACAAAACUACUGUCCAAAUAGAAUACCAUUAAUUCAUGUUUAAAAUAUCAAAUUUUUCAGAUAUUUAAGGCAAAUUUACAAAUUACUAUAAAUUUAUUUUUAAUGUUUUCUAAACUCAUAAAAAUAUACGGAGUUUAAUUUGUUUUAAACCCCAUUGUUUUGAACAAUUAAUUUCAGAUGCAAAUAUUUUUGCAUAUAUAUUUUGAAUUUUUCAAUAUAUUGUCGAUCUAGUAUCACUUCGAUAUUAUGCUUAUAAAAUUUUUUGUAGACGAAAUUUAUGAACAUCCUAAAAAUACUUCCAGAGGAGAUAGUACAGUAUAGCUCCAAGAAAAACUGACUUACUGGAAAAGUUCUAGUUACUUGUAGAAAUAUUCCCGAAAAGACAUUCUACUGCUCUACAGGAUUGUCAAUACUGUUAAGUUAUAUAUAUUUGAAUAGGUAUAAUAAAAUUGUUCUGUAUAAAGAAAUAUGUGCAGCUGCACAUUUCAGUUUUGGAUAAUCAAAUUUCUUGGUUAUAUAGAAUGUUUAUUUAUGUGAAGGUGAAGAUAAUUUUGGUAUGAUCUGAAACUGUUUUGAGCGACUGUUGGCUAGUCAGAAAAUGAUCGUGUACGAAAUAUUGUAUAUAUUUUUUUGAAACAUAUACAGUAUUUUUCUGACUGAUGAUUUGUAUAUAGACUUCCUCCAAAAUAAAUGCGUUUAAACAGAG